UCUUGAUGCCACGUCAAAUAGAUUAUGCAACACUUCUAAGUCUGUACGGUGUGCAUUUUCGGUUAGGAACGACAUUACACCUGAUAGUUGCAGCUGUCGUGUCGCGUGCAACGAAACAGAAUACAAGUUGACAAUUUCAUCAGCCACAUAUCCGGCAGAAAAUUACGAGCACUUCAUUCCUGACAUGGUCAGAGAGGGAAGUCCCGCAGUGCACAAGACACUGGCGAUGUGGCUGAACACCAGCGAAUCGGCAUUGAAAAGUGGCGCCGAAUGUCUUAUAGAAAAAUCGAACUGUACAGAUGAUUCCUAUGAUUUCAUCGACACUUCCGAUGACAGCACAUAUUUUCUGGCAGUAGCCGCGGGAAGAUCCAACUUUCUCAAGAUCAGUGUUUAUUAUAAAGAUAUGAAGUUCAAGAGCACAAAACUGCAGAAGGCAUACACAUGGGUGAGCUUUCUAGCGGAGCUGGGCGGCAUGUUUGGUCUCUGCAUCGGCUUCUCUCUGCUCACCUUCGUCGAAGUGUUGGAGUUACCGGUGUUAUUGCUGCAUAUCUGGGUCUGCGGGGGUGCUAACAAGGUUGGUGAGAAGCCAACCACUAUCCAGAUAAACGUGAAAAAUAAUGUGGGUGAAGUUUGAACAGUACGAAAUCAAGAACUGACCUGCCGCCCGCUGUACG